ACCUGCCGAGCGGGGGGAGGGGCGGCCGAGGUGCCACCGCCUCUGCAGCCGCCGCGAGCCAGUCGGGAGCGCGCGGCGCCGGCGGAGCCAGACCCCAGCGGGAGCCGCCUACCUGCAGCAGCCGUCGCCCGCGGCCCGCAGCAGCGCCAUGGCUCUCCUGCUGCGCGUGGUGCUCCUGUGCGGAGUCGCCGAUCUCAUCAGAAGUUUGAGUAUCACUCCUCCUGAUCAGAUGAUGAUUGAAAAGGCCAAAGGGGAAACUGCCUAUCUUCCUUGCAAAUUUACUAUUGGUCCUGAUGACCAGGGACCUCUGGACAUUGAGUGGCUGCUGUCGCCAGCUGAUAACCAGCAGGUGGACCAAGUGAUUAUUUUAUAUUCUGGAGACAAAAUUUAUGAUAACUACCAUGAAGCUCUGAAAGGACGAGUACAUUUUACAAGUAAUGAUCUCAAAGCUGGUGAUGCGUCAAUAAAUGUAACAAACUUACAGUUAUCAGAUAUUGGCACAUACCAGUGCAAAGUGAAGAAAGCUCCUGGUGUUGCGAAUAAGAAAGUUUUGCUGACAGUGCUCGUUAAGCCAUCAGGUACAAGGUGUUUUGUUGAUGGAUCUGAAGAAAUUGGAAAUGAUUUUAAACUAAAAUGUGAACCAAGAGAAGGUUCACUUCCAUUACGAUAUGAAUGGCAAAAAUUGUCUGACUCACAGAAAAUGCCUACCCCAUGGUUAGCAGAAAUGACUUCACCUGUUAUAACUGUAAGAAAUGCCACCUCUGAGUACUCCGGGAUCUACACCUGCACAGUGCAGAACAGAGUGGGCUCUGAUCAAUGCCGGCUGAACCUAGAUGUUGUUCCCCCUUCGAAUAGAGCUGGGACAAUUGCAGGAGCUAUUAUAGGAAUUUUAUUUGCUCUUGUGAUCAUUGGUUUUAUCGUCUUUUGCUGUCGUAAAAAGCGCAGAGAAGAAAAAUAUGAAAAGGAAGUUCACCAUGAUAUAAGAGAAGAUGUUCCUCCUCCAAAGAGUCGGACAUCCACCGCCAGAAGCUACAUUGGCAGCAACCACUCUUCCUUGGGUUCCAUGUCCCCUUCCAACAUGGAGGGGUACUCUAAGACUCAGUAUAACCAAGUACCAAGUGAAGACUUUGAACGCGCUCCCCAGAGCCCAACUCUGCCGCCCGCUAAGGUAGCUGCCCCUAAUCUAAGCCGAAUGGGAGCGGUUCCCGUGAUGAUCCCAGCACAGAGCAAGGAUGGGUCUAUAGUAUAGAGCGCCUCUGCUUGUCUUUUUGCUCUUUGUGUUUCCUCUUGAUGUAUGAAAAUCUGUUCAGGUUUAAAUUUUGUUAAUAGCCUCAAAGUGUAUGAAAAGAAGUUAACCAGAAACUGUUAAAAAUUAUGCUUCACAAAAGUUUUAUUUGGUUAUCUUAAAACAGUAAAGACAUUAGUUAUUAGACAUUUACAAUCUUUAAGAGGCUGACUAAAGAUAACUUAAUUUAUCUGAGUAAGAUGGAGCACUUUGUACACAGAAUCAUGUGAGGAGCUCUGUGAAUUAAUUUAUACACAUACCACAUUGGUUACUUGAAUCAUCACAAAGUGGUACUUUAUAAUGUCUAUCAUUAUUUUUAAGAUGUGUGUCUCAUUUAUUUAUGAUCCAACAGUGUCCCAACAUCAGUGAAGAAAUACACAUAGCAAAAAUACUUCAGUAUGUUUGUACUUACUUUUAUAGCCUCUUUGAAAACUCUAAUUGUGUAUGUCAUAUCUCUAAUGACAAAACACUACAACGUUUUCAAAAUGACACUUUUUAUUUCCAGGUCAUUCAUAAACCAUGAAAUGAUUUCUUGAGAACUGAAUUUCUUUAAUCACCAAAAGGGCAUAGUAGACUUUUAUAUACUAAGCUAAAGGCGCCUGUGUUAGAUUCAGUUAGAACGCACACAGCGUCAGGUGUAUCAACCGACACCAUGGCGCAGACGUGGAGCUAGAUGACCUGACUGGCGCCUCGGGCCUGUGGUGUUCUGUGGAGGAGAAACUAGCUAGAUCCAGGAUGUAGCAUCCGCAGUUAUCAUCUAAACAUUCUAGGAUAUAUUUGUCUAAAAAGAAAAUGUUACAAUCCAGUUAUCAUUUGAUAAAUAUAGAUGAGAAUUUCCUAAUUAUUCUAAAUUUUAAAUGCAUUUUUUUUCAUGCCUCCUUUAGGGUUUUAAGAAAUUUUUUUGGAUGACGAUAUUACAUGUUUUAUGUUCUCAAAAUGCAUAGGCCUAAACUUACCCUCUUGAAUGCGUUUUCUGGAGGAUGUUUUCAUCAUAGACUCAACAAUCAUAUACAUUUUAUGCAAGUGAGUGUCCUCCAUCAGUUCUAUAUUGCAGGCUUGGGAAGAUGUACAGUUGCUAUUAUGUGGCCAAGCAUGUCUUUAGGUAGCUGCCGCAAAUCAGGUUGAGCUUUGAAAAAAAGUUGAGUCUUAGUUUUGUGGAAGUGAUUUAUUCUUGAAAGAAAGAAAGAAAAAGGAGUACAGAAAAUACUCCUAUCUGCCAAAUGUGUUUUAGUAGAAGUGGGUGGAUUUAUUGGAUUUCCCUUAAGAUUAUGAGGGAGUGUGGAUAUAGUAGAAUAAGCCAACAGUUUCUUUAUAGUAAAUAAGGUCUGUAAUAAAUUAUUCGAUUAGCUGUAAAACCAUUUCCCUAGAUUUUUGUAGGGAGUUGGUUUCCUGUUAUCUCUUUGGGUGCUGUGCUGGUAAAUGCAACAUUAUUAAUUAAUGUUGGCAUGUAUUGAUAAUUAGGCAGAAUGUUGUGUACACUUUUUAAUAGUAAAUUUAAGCUGAAUGUGUAAUGAAUUAAUGUACAGUUUUACAUAUUAGGAAGCAUUUUUUAAGUAGGUUUUUAACCUUACAUUAAAAUUACUUUUUAUACUUGUGUUAACAUUUUCAUCGUGCCUUUUUGGAUAAUUUAAUUUCUAUUAUGACUUUCUGGUGCCUAUGAGCUAGCUAUCACCUACUGGAAAGGUGCUUAGAGGUGAAGGUACUAUUUCUAAAAACAUAUCACUGUGACAUCCUCUAUCCUUAUUCUUUCAAUCUUGCCUCCUCUCUGUUUUUUAUGUAACUUAAGUGACAGUUAUGCAUAAGGAUUUAAACACUUUAACAUCCCCGACAUUCUGUUUCUAAUUUUAUAACAGUAACUAUUUUUGAAUACUAAAUGUUUGACCUGUUUUUAAGAUAUCACAGGAGUAAAAUAGAACACAAACUUCAAUAGCAAAAUUGAUUUGGUGUAUCCUAUUUCAGAUUCUAUCAAUCUAAGUAGAAAUUAGUAUGGGAUGAACAUAUGUAAGAUUUUGCUUUCCUUAGACUUCAUAUUUAUGUAAGGUUUGAUUAUAAGUAAACCAGUCUCUUUCUGAAAUUAUUUCAGUUAGUAUUCAUAGUGAGCUAUAAUCUGAAAAUCAAGCUUAUAAAGAAUGACUUGAACAGACCUGUUGGGUGUGACUGACACUAGAGAACAUAGUUUAGUUUAGGUUUACAUCUCCAGUUGAUUUUUGCCUUUUUAGAGACAGGGUCAUACUGGCCUUGAGCUCACUUUGUAGCUCAGGCUGGCCUCAAACACAUAAUGAUCCUCCUGCCUCAGCCUCCUGAGUACUGGGAUUUUAGAGGUACGCCACCAUGCCCGGCUUUCCAGUUGCUUUUAUUGUAAAUUUCACUUGAUUCAAAGGUCAUUUAAUGCUAAUAAUUUCCCAAAUAAUUCUCACUGAUAAUUUUAGUAGAACAGAGAUUAAAAUAUUUGUUCUAGAAUUAGCACUGCAAAUGAUUAAGUAGUUAAUGAAAAAUUAUUAGAGCAUCUCAAUGAGAGAACCAGUAAUAACAGUCCAGGGAAGCAUUUCAUUCUCAAAGCAAAACUGAUUCUUCUAUAUACCUAAGAAACGUGGUAUCAUCAUUUAAAGUUUUGUAGGAUAAUCUGAAGAGAUGUGAUACUUGGAAUUAUUGUUUUGUGCUUUGAUUUUGAACUAGUUUGCAGAUAAUGGUUUUCUUAGUGCUUUUUCUUCAUAUUUUCCUACCAAAGUCUUUUGCAGAUACACUGAUCAGUUUUUCUGGACAAAUUAUUCCAUUUAAAUGUGAACUAUUUGCCAAGGAUUUCUUACAUUGGAAAUAUAGUGUGUCUUAGGAGAAAGUUAAAAAAAAGAUCCAAGUCAAUCAUGCAUAAAGAUUAUGUCUAUAAAGGAAUAUUUGAUGUUUAUUAAAAAGAUAAAUUUACAAUGAAGUCCUGGAAUUUUGGGUCAAGUAAGGUCAAACAUCUUGAUUAAUACAAGAAUUCAGCGCAUGAAGUUGGGCACAAAAUUCUGUAAUAUGUGGCUUAUAAAAAUAACUAUUCUCAGUCUUUUUUGUGUGCAUGCUGCAUGUAAAUUUGAAGUUAUGUGCAUGUGUCUAGUUUUUUCUAAUUUGCAUUUCAACAGUGUUUAGGGUUUGGAUGCCUUAUUCCAGUAUGAACAGAAAAAGUCCUUAUGUGUUUGAUUCUUGGUAUGUCAUGUAUGGAGUAGUUUUUAGAAAAUAUUGGCGCAAUUUGAACUUUUCAGUGGCUUGUGAUGUUAUAUAUUAUAUAUUAUGUAUAUACAUCUUUAUGACGUUCCUGUGUUUAGUAAUGUAAAUGUUCUGGGCAAGUUUUAAUAUUUUAAAUGCCUUUGGAUAGUCCAGCAAUAAAGGUCACAUGUUUUGCAAUAGAAUUUCUUGUUCGCCUAUUUCACCACUAUCAUAGUCCAUAAGUGACCACAAACUCCUUUUAUAAAUGUUGCAGAGUAAGGGAGAAUAAUAAAUUUGUGAAUUGUGGUUUUUUUGGUGGGGGCUGGAAGGCUGACAUUAUGGAUAGUAACACUAGCCUCUUAAAAUCAAGUUUUGUGCAAUUAUCCUAUUUUGUUAUGUAAGAAUUUAGUGAAUGUCAGUUGGGUUUAGUUUGAUCACAGACAUUAAUAUUUCUAUCGAAGAAGCACUUUGUGUUUUCUGCUAACUUAUUAAAUUAUGCAAGUAUUAAAACCACAAUUCACGGAUUCACUCCUUCUUACGCCUGUGAAUUUUAGCCAUAAAUACACUUGUACUACGGAGAAAAAUAUCUUGACACAUCACGUUUGCACAAUAGAGUACUGACAGUGUCAGUUUCAGAUUUUGUAUUUAAAAUUUCCAGCUUACACAUCCAAUGGUGCAGAUUUUGAAAUUUGUAAGAACAAAUUUGUUUAAAAAAACCCAACAACUUGCUCUUAGUUUUGUGACCUUGUGUACUUUUGAAAUAAAAUUAAAAGGUUCUCUGCC